CUUUGUUUUUCUCUCUUUACUGUCUGUGUAGAGAGUUGUUUUCUUGGAAGAUGAACUUUUGUCUGUGCAUAGAAGAAAAGAAAACCCAUCCAUGCACACAACCUCUCUCCCUCUCUCUCUCAGUUGCGUCAUCAUCAAACCCUUCGUUUUCGUUGUCCUCUUUCUUCUCUCUCUCUAUUUCAAGUAUUUUCCUUUAUAUUUUCUACUGUCUUUAACAUUACUAUGCCUUGGUUCUAUCAUCUUCUUGAGUAGCGAUCUCGUGCCCCGAAACAGCUACAUUUCUCCUUCUCUUAAACCCCCCACCGUCACCGGAUGAUCAUAGGUAGACUAGAAAAGGUUUUCAACUUUUGCUUCUGCUUAGGGCUUAGGCUGCUUUAGUAUUUCUUUUGCUUCUUCUUUCAACUAAAAAUUCCUUUCUUUGGAGGUUUAUUCUAAUUCUUUUGUAAAACGUUUUCUUGGGUAUAACGCAGAUUGGAAUCAUUAAUCGUCAUUUUGAGAGCCUAAUUUCCUCUUUAAACACCGAGAGGUUUUGGAGACAUUUCGUUUGCUUUUGCCAUUUAGGGUUUGUUUCUCAAUUUCCUUCGUCCAGAACAUGGCUUUCCCACAAAAUUACUCGUUCCACUGCUUCAUUGUUGAAUCCAUAAGAUACCCAUUUCAAUAUUUCCACCAUAAUUUGCGGGGAUGCAAUUUGUAGGCCCGUAUUAAUUUUUUCUCUUUGGACCUCUUGCAAAUAUUAAGCGUGCGGUUCAAAAUUUGCUCUUUUUAGCUCUUUGUUUGCUCGUAUGAAAAAUGGGUUGUGUUAAUGGCAAGUGUUGUAGCAGGUACCCAUCGUCAACAGAUAGUGAUUCAGGGGGAUACGGUGAAAUGGGUUCAUGUAGGAAUGCUACCAACAAGCAUAUACUUACACAAAGAUCACUAGAGAUUGUUCCUGUCCCUUCACAAAACUAUGAAUUGCAGUACUCUGUCUUAACACAGAGAGGUUACUAUCCUAACUCGCCAGAUAAGGAAAACCAGGAUAGUUUUUGCAUUAGAACCCAAAUUCAAGGUAACCCAAAUGUACAUUUCUUUGGUGUGUUUGAUGGGCAUGGUCAUUUUGGUACUGAAUGUUCCAGGUUUGUUAAGGAUAGGUUAGCUGAGAUAUUAGCAAAUGAUCCCACGUUGUUGGAUGACCCUGUUAAAGCUUAUAAUUCAGCAUUCUUAAUGACAAACUAUGAGUUACAUAGUAGUGAGAUUGAUGAUUCAAUGAGUGGUACAACAGCAAUAACAGUUCUUGUUAUUGGAGAUGCAAUUUAUGUUGCUAAUGUGGGUGAUUCGAGAGCAGUGCUUGCUGUUAAGAAUGGGAAUAGGAUUGUAGCAGAGAAUUUGUCUAGUGAUCAAACACCGUUUAGGAAAGACGAAUAUGAAAGAGUUAAGCUUUGUGGUGCUAGGGUACUGAGUGUUGAUCAAGUGGAAGGACUUAAGGAUCCAGAUAUACAGGCGUGGGGUGAUGAGGAAAGUCAAGGGGGUGAUCCUCCAAGAUUGUGGGUGCAAAACGGGAUGUAUCCAGGAACAGCAUUUACAAGGAGUGUAGGGGAUAGUACAGCUGAGAAAAUUGGUGUUAUUUCUGUUCCAGAGGUGUCUAUGGUUCGCCUUACUCCUAAUCAUUUGUUUUUUGUUGUUGCAAGUGAUGGAGUUUUCGAGUUCCUCUCCAGCCAGACUGUUGUAGAUAUGGUGGCAAGAUACACAGAUUCCCGAGAUGCUUGUGCAGCCAUUGCUGGGGAGUCAUACAAAAUAUGGUUGGAACAUGAAAACAGGACAGAUGAUAUUACGAUCAUUAUUGUUCACAUCAAGGGCUUAUCUAAUUCAGGUGCUGGUGACACAGAUGGAACCACUGGAGCUAAUAGGAAUCCCACAAGUUCAAGGACAGGAAGAGGAUCUUCUGACAGCUCUGCUGCCUCUGGAUCAGAACUAUACCGAUCAAUAAGAAGUGAAUUUACAGAUCUGCAACUUUCCAUGAAUCGAAGCCCAGCUAUUGUUGUUCCAUCUCCAUCUCCAUCUCAGCCCUGGGAAUUGGAUGGGGGUUAGUGGCGCCUUCUGCCAAAAUUGAAGGCAACUUUUUCUGCAUGCUCAAGGAUCUCCAGGCUGCAAGCUAUUGCUAAUUUUACUAAAACACUGUUACUAAUUACACACGACUUUGCGAGGUAAAAAAUGCUCUCCACUUUGUUGUAGCUUUGCCCUUGGUAAUCCAAGCUUAAAGGGAGUUGGAAAUCCAAGAUUCCGGGAUGUUCAGAACUGAUAAUCAUGAAUUCCAUAAUGACUCGUCUCAAGAAAGAAAAAAUUUCAUUAGGUUUCUGGCUUGAUUUCUGGAUGUCAGUUGUAAACUCAACGCCUCAACCUCCUGCAAUUUUGAUUUCUGGAUGGCAAUUGUAAUCCCACACCUUCCUGAUAUCUAUGUGAACAGUAGACUUGUAAAGAUAAUGAAGUAAAUUGUAUAAUGCAUUUACUCCAA